UCUUAAUUCUAAUUUAAUCAAAGUUUAAUUAGACUUGAAGAUUAUCAUUCACAAGUUUAAAACUGAUUUGAUCAACUAUCAAAUAGAUUCCCAUUGAUUAAUGAUCUCUGUUGACUUUAAUUAAAUAAGUAGACAAAAGUUUCUUAGUUAAUUAGCCUAGAAAAGGACUUUCAAUCACAAUUAGAUUAAUUUAAUCAUCGCUAUUAGAUUAACUUUAAUUGUUAGAGUGUUUCAUUUGUUUCAAGUCACAAAAUCAAUGAGCAAUAACUAAAUUGUCACGUUUAAUUUAUUAAAACGUUAAUAAUGAUGACGAUUAGUUGUAAUUGUGAUACAAACAAAAUGAUUAAAAAAAAGCAGAGAGAAAACAAUUAACUGAUUCAUUGAUUUGAGGUCAAAAAUUUGGACCGAAAGUGAAACUUAAUGACCAACGGUCAAGCAAAUCAAACCUAAUGAGAGGACUUAAGAAAACAUCACAAUAAUCAUCAUCUAAUGAUAAUAGUUACAAUAACAUGGAACAUGGCUCAUGACAGAAUCUAUUUCAAUAUAACUCAACCAUUGAAUUCAUUGAGACUGAACUUUUUUCCCUGACGCAUGAAUUUCUCGUAACAUUUAUCAUGAAAGAAUAGUUCAUUAAAUGUUUACCAUUAGACUUGAGGAGAACAGGAAAGUUUUUCAUUUCUUUCACCGUUGAGAUUAAAUUGUCAAUCAAUUAGAUUACAAUUGGAAAAAAAAAUCGAAAAUGAUACAAAUCCAACAAUUAAAAUAAAGUGAAUUGUUUGAUUGUAUCGAUAUACAAACGAUAAUAAUAAACCAAAUUGUUGUCAGUUCAAUUGUUUACGAUAAUAUUUCAUCAUGGAUUUAAUUUGCUGUGUGAUUAUAAUCGUUUGAUUGAUUGUGACAGUUUAAAUUGUUGGUGUCAAAUCAUCGUCCACAUUAUGGAUAAGACCAGAUUCAUUUCUGAUUCAUCGUCAUCAUCUUCAUCCGUUUCGACGGUUAAAAAUACUUCCACUUCCGUUCUAGCUUCAUCGCCGACAUCACUUCCCUCUGAGGAAAUCGAUGAAUCUGGAAUUUAUCAAAUUCCACCUUUAUUAAUUAUCUUUCUAACGGUAAUGUAUCUACUUGUAUCACUUUCUGCAAUCAUUGGUAAUUCAAUGGUUCUUUGGAUUGUAAUCAAUUCCAAGCGAAUGAGAAACGUAACCAACUUUUUCAUCGCCAAUUUGGCCGUUGCCGAUCUGGUCAUUGCUUCCCUUGUAGUACCCUUCCAAUUCCAGGCCGCUUUACUUCAACGUUGGGUAUUACCCAUUUUCAUGUGCUCUCUUUGCCCAACUGCACAAGUGAUCUCCGUUAAUGUGUCCAUAUUUACCUUAGUCGCCAUCUCACUUGACCGUCAUCAUGCAGUAACCCGACCAUUGGCCACCCGAAUGUACAAGAAAAGUGCCUUAUACAUAAUCGCCUUCAUCUGGUUAAUAUCAUUCUUACUCGCAGCUCCAAACGCUAUCAACUGGGAGGUUCGUUACCUUUGGUCACAUCAAACGUCUAAUUAUACCGAACCUUUUUGCGACAUUUACAAUCUACCACGGGACUUUUGGCGACUUUAUAACCACUUCCUAGUGGCCCUACAAUAUUUUAUUCCGCUUUUCAUAAUCUCUUUUGCUUAUAUUCACAUGGCGGUUAUUUUAAGUAAAGUCGACGCAACAACCGCUAAGCGAAACGACUACACGAGAGCCCUUCAGAAUAAAAGAAGAGUGAUUAAAAUGCUGUUCAUUGUGGUUGCACUUUUUGCAAUUUGCUGGUUACCAUUUCAAUUGUAUAAUAUCCUUCAAGAAAUUUAUCCAUCCAUAAAUACAUAUAAAUAUAUUAACCUGAUCUGGUUUGGUUGCCAUUGGCUCUCAAUGUCCAAUUCUUGUUACAAUCCCUUCAUAUACGCAAUUUAUGGGGAAAGAUUCAAAGCUGAAUUCGUGGCGAGGUUCAGAAUUUGUCGGGUUCUUCGUAAAUGUAUGGUGGUCAAUGAUAAAUCGACGAACGGACUGACCUACAGUUUUACCGGUCGCAAAUUUGCCGAUACAAGUAUCUAUCGAAAAUCAAUUGGAUCGAGUGCUGUUGCUGAAUAAUCAACUGUUAAUUGUGUUAAUUAACAAAUUGUUCAUCUGCGACUAAAGUUACCUGAUGAUUUGCGGUUACAAUGGUAAUCACAAUCAAUGAGAAAAUGAAUUGAAACUCAUUUUCUCCAAAGGUAUUUCAUUGAAAAUCAAUUUAAAUUAAUUUGAUAGAUUAUAUUUUCUAAAUCAAUUGUGAUCUAAUUUCACAAUUUGUCAACAAUUUAAAGCACACAAACAACAAUCAUUUUUAGCUUAUUCUUUUACCCUCCAAUCUAAAUCAGCCUCGUUUUAAUUACAACUUGUAAUUAUCUUUGAUGAUUUUAAAAAUGAUUAACUCAUUUUUUGUUUCUCCUUUGAUUAAAUUGUACCGUUAAUUUACUCGAGAAUCAUGUUGAUUAGAUGAUUUCAAAUGAACUCACAAAUUCACUGUAAAUACUGUUAAUUAACCAUCUAAUUGUAAUUAAAUCUGUGAUUUUAACAUCACUUCAAGUUCCUAACGAGAAGCAAAAAACUCAUUUCAAAUGAACUUUUUUUGUUUCUUUCUAAUAAAACAAAACUAAUCAAAACUUAA